AGUACAUAAAGGUUGAGUUUAUAUUACCAAAUGUGAUUGCAUUCCCUUGCUUUGCCUGCUUUACACAUUUCUGAUUACCUGUCAUUAUGCCUGUUCCUUUAUUUAAUUCUCUGACUCAAUUCUCUGUCGAUUUAGGAACAGGUCUAAUAUUUACUUUGAUAUGUUCAUGUUUUCUUUAUUUCUUACUUCGCCAUGUUUGUGGACUAUGUAUUUUCUACUCUGCCAUAUAUUGGCUCUUCCUGUUUUUUGCUUCGCCAUGUUUAUCUUCUCUUUGUGCUUUACCUAAUGCAUAACAUUGGGAGCCGAAACCAAGUCUUACCGAAACCUUUUUCU